GGAAGUCUGUUCCACUGCGCGCUUUCCUGUGUGGGCGUUGCUGUGACGUUCCCUGCACUGGGUUCAUGGCUGUUCUUUGCUGCACAAGCAUGUGGAGCUUUCAAGCUGCUGGUGCUGGCAAUGAUAUGGAGGUACCCACAGCUGUAUGUGAGGAAAAGAGACGCAGCACUGGUGAUCAUGAGACUCUUUGACACUGUCUCGUCCUUGAUACAAACGUCAGCCCUACACGAGUACAGAUUUCCACCUGAAUUGCUACCCACGCAAUUCUACUUCCGGGCCUAUUGCUUAUGGUUUGGAGCUUUUUUUGGGGUGGUCUCCAAGCAGCCGCCCGUAAACCUCAACAUCAUUCUCUCGCUGCUCCACCUGGUGGGCCGCAUAGCAAUGUACAACAAAUACUUCCGGGUUCUGGUCCCGCACAACGGCAAAAUGGCGCCGGCGGUGAGGCGGCUUGAAAUCAGGGGUCUAGGGAUAUGGACCGAGGAGGGUCUGCUGCAGGGGUCAACCCUAGCAUUGGACGCGCUAUUAGGCAUGGUCCUCCCCUGCUGGAUCAUGUACCGGCGGGAGCUGCGUCAGCGGCUGAGGUGGCGGCUCAAAGUGGGCCUUGAGGGGUCGCCGCUUGGAGUCAUUGGCGCCACCUGGCCGCACUACAUUGGCGCAUGCAUCGUGCUCCCAGCUGCCGCCCUUGUGCUGUCAUUCGACCCUGCCCUUCUGCCGUACCUGUUCUAAAUUUCCCUGCAGCAGCGCACAGAUCGCUGUUUUCCA